GUGGGUUGGAGCCACAUACGUGACAGGAGGAAGAAGAAGAAGAAGAUGUGCAGCAUGAAGACAGCUCAUGCCGGCUGGUGGAGAGCACAGCAGUGCUGACACCGGAAGCCGCAGAGUUCUGGCUAUGCACCGGCGCUGACGCGCCCUAAAUUGCUCGGCGUGGGUGUUCGCAGAAGCCCCAUCGCCAUGGACAGAAGACGGCUCGCCUUCGUCCUACUCUGGCAAAUUGUUGCGGUGCAGGGCAUGGUGCGCGAGCGGUGGCACUACUACGCCCCAAAGUGCCACGUCCCCGGGCCCCAGCCAAUCGUUCCCCGCGAGUGGGGCCAGGAGUGGAGCAGCUGCAACGGCGCCAAGCAGUCGCCCGUGCUGCUGCUGCCGCACAAGUCGAUCGGCGUCGCGGUGCCGCCGCUGAUCUUCAAGCACUUCUCCACGCCGCUGGCCAACCCGGUCGUCUACAACACGGGCAGGACGCUGCGUGUGCGGGCGUCUAUGCCGAAGCCGAUCGUGACGGGCGGUCUCCUGGCCGAGGAGUACGUGUUCGACCAGGCUGAGUUCCACUGGGGCCGCGACGACCACAGCGGGAGCGAGCACAUCGUCGACGCACUCAGCUACGCCGUCGAGGUCCAAAUGACGUUUCGGCUGCGGACGCCGUCGGCACGGGUGGACUGCAGGGAGUGCCCUCCCGCGUACGUCGGCCUGGCCACACAGCUCAAGCUCGAAGACCACUGGCACACCAACUUAACCCAGAAGUCAACUCUCACGGGGUGUCGUCUGCUCGCGCUGGUCGCAGACGGUUCGCCAGCGCAACCCUCUUCUGCGCACGCUCAUCGCCUCCCUGAGCUCGGUGACGUACGCGUUGGAGCGGACCGACCUGCCCCUCCCGCUGCGGCUGAUCGCCUUCAUGCCCAACGACACGCGCAACUACUACAUGUACGAGGGCUCGCGGACGGUGCCGCCCUGCACCGAGAACGUGCUGUGGAUCGUCUUCCGGGAGCCCACGUUCAUCGGCCGGGAACAGGUAAAGAUGCUCCGACAGCUUUACGCCUUCCCGGAGGUGAUCUACUGCAACAGACACCUGGUGGCCAACCUGAGGCCCCUGCAGGAGAUUGGGCGUACGAGGAUGCUCUACCGAACGUUCAGUUCUGCCCCUUCGAGGUUGCGGCUGAGCUUCACCACGACCCUGGCGUUCACCCUGUUAUCCUGCAGGAACAUAAUUUGGCGCCUAAAAGAAUGUCAUUAAAUGACGUUACGCUCAAUUAAAUUCACCACAUCUGCUCGCGGGUUCACGAAUCUACAGCAAGUUUCUAAGCGGUAAUUAAAUGUCACGAAAAUACGGGUCGGAAUUAAACGACGUCACCGGUACAGUGCCGUCGAUGGCACAGCCUACACAGCCUCCCAGUCAAUCGCCUGGGAGCGAGGCGUCAGUAGUUUUGGACGUCUCGCUUACCAGCUUCCAGUGACGUCAUGGACUUUGACAGCGUCCUUUAGGAAGUAGUUCAUUGUUUAUGAAUAAAGAGCGAUUACGUCCCAUUAAAAA